AUGUUCCGUAACAACCUCGUCGUGCUAGCGGAUCCGCCGUCCUCAUCGCCUUUCCUUCUCCGCCAACUCUCCCUCCUCCCCGCCCUCUCGCAGCCGACCUCCUCCUCCCUCGCCGCCGUCGAAGUAGAGACCCUUUGCUGGAAGAUCUCUCGCCGGUGGCGCCUCGCGUGCUUCCUUCACCAUCCCGACGUCUUCGUCAUCUACCAGGUCCAAGCCCUAGUGCGUUCUCGGCUAAUCCCCAAUAGAAUGGGGGUUCGAAGUUCUCUUCUUGAUUCAUCUCUCCUCGGCCGCAGGGAACUCAAUCCCAGUCCGCUGAGCGCGCCCUUGAGGAAUUCGUCCAAGGAGUACCCGGCAUCAAUAGAUAAGAUCUAUCUUACAAGGACGAGGCUGAUUCUAAAUCUUGCAAGAAUGAAGGUUGGGGCAGAGGAAGAGGUGGCAUCGGCGUCAUUGGUGACCAAAGCAGUGGAGAUUGUGUUCAGGACCGUCAUGCUUGAUCAUAAAUGGGCAUGUGUUGGUAACAACACGUUUGUUGAUUCAGCAUUUGCUGGAACCGAUGAGAGGAAGAAUGUUGGUGCCUUUAAUUUGAGGGUACAAUCGGAGAUGGAUGAUGGUUUUGUACUCCUUGUUUCACCAGAAGUACUUAGGUUCAGCAGAUACAAGGUUACAGAUUUUGUUAGCUCUGAAGUUUGGGAGAGCUUUGACAAUGGUGAGAUAGUAAUGUUCAAAGACUAUGGCUUUUUGACAGCUUGUACCAUUAUUCCUACAUUAAGUGAGGCACAUGUUAUAGGAGUGUGCAAGCUGCUUCCUGAUGAGGAAAAUUUUGAAAGACUGGAAUUGCUUUGGUCACUAAAGCAUGGCCUAGCAUUAAACAGUGAAUACUUCAUCUCCGUCCAACUUGCAUAUGGAAGCUAUGCAAUCAAAUGGUUGCCAUCAGCUUAUAUUCUUCAAGAUCCCAGUUUUUCUCCAGCUCCUCAAACACCUAGAAGUGCAAAAGCUGUGGAUGUUAUAGACUCAUUUAUGAAAAUAUUUGGAGCUUGGGAUUUCUUCAGUCAGGGACAGCUUAAAGUUAAGGAAGUAUCCUCACUUGGUAUUGUCACAAAAAUACCUGUGUGGACAACAGCGACAAAUAAAUUCCCAUGUUGCAUGGCAAGAAACAAGGAAAAUGCUGAUAUUCAGAAUUCUCUUAGUCCAAAACAUUUAACUUCAAGGGAUCUAAAGUUAGACUUCCGCGCUCCAAAGCCUGGCAUCCAGUUUGUUCAUGGCAGUAGAAUGUUAGAGCUUAACAAUGUUAAAGAGACUGCCACGUGCGGAAGUAAUUUAAAUAUCAGUACAGAGAAUAUCCAAAAUGAUGUUAAUGCAUGCUCAACUAGUGACACUCUUCCAGCUGUCAUGAAAGGUCCACCUGUUUCUAUCAGCAUCGAGUCAGGUCCAGUAAAUGGUAGUUAUUUUGCUGAAGUGAAGCACUCCUCUGCUGAAUAUGACCUAAGUGUAGACCCUUCUCAGAGAUUAAAAGGAUCCAAGUGGAAGAAGGAAAAAACUAAAGCUUUUCUUGGUAGUAAUGUUUCAGAAAACUCUGGAAAAGUUUCUUGGGGAUGGGGGCAGGUGUUAUGA